ACAGUAACCGUGAGUGGAACACAAUGUCUACAUUUUGCGAAGAAAUCCCAAAGGAAGAUUGCAAGAAAGCCACACAUUUUGGAAUAAAAGAAUUUCUCCGUUAUGGGAACUUCGUUCCACCACCUGAGUUUCCAAUGGCAGAAAGAUGGACUAAGGCUACAUACUUCCUUCCGGCGCACCACAGCAGAUAUAUGGAGAAAAUUGAGAAUUUUGAGGUACGUCCGAAUGAUAUUUGGGUGGUUACAUACCCCAAAAGUGGCACAACGUGGACACAGGAAAUGGUCUGGCAGAUUUGCAACGACUUGGAUUUUGAAAAGGGACAAGCAACAGGAUUGUAUGCACGAUUCCCGUUGCUGGAAAUGGGCUCAUUAACUCCCGAGCGGGGAACAGUUGAUACAGUGACUCGUAUAGCGCAGAGACCAUCACCUAGAUUUAUCAAGUGCCACUUACCACCGUCUUUGCUUCCUAGAAGUAUUUGGAAAGUAAAACCGAAGAUUAUUUAUACAGCAAGAAAUGCAAAAGAUCUAUUUGUAUCGUUCUAUCAUCACUACAGAAAUCUUCACGACUAUCAUGGAAAUUUUGAAGAGUUUUCUGAGAUUUUUAUGAAAGAUUUAGUUAUCUACGCUCCUUUCUACACCCACGUUUUAGAUUUCUGGCGAAUGAGAAAUGAAGAAAACAUUCUUUUCCUAACAUUUGAAGAAAUGAAAAGGGAUUUGCCCACUGUAAUAAAGAAAACUGCUGAAUUUCUUGGACAAUCUCUAAAUGAAAAGCAAAUUCAGGACCUUUCUGAGCAUCUAUCAUUUGAAAAAAUGUCCAAAAAUAAAUCUGUUGAUCUUGCCUUCGAAGUGAAAGAUUUUCUGCAGAAAAUGAACAUUGAGCGACUGGAUGAAGGCUUUCGAUUUAUUAGAAAAGGCCAAAUUGGGGGCUAUCGUGAUGACAUGUCCCCGGAAUUCAUUGAAAAAUUCGACAAUUGGCUUAAAGAAAAAUUGAAUGACCUGCAAGUGGAGCCUGAGAUAUGGAAAAUAUUUUUCCUUGAUGAUGUUCUAGGAAAAAAAAGCAAUUAAGACGUAAAAAAGGCUUUAUAAUGAGUUUAACUGGAUUAUAACAUUGUUUGCUUUAUUUUCACUGAGGAAUGACUAAAAUAAAUAAAAUUGGAUAUACGAUGAAA